AUGUCUGUGACUACCACCUCGACUGCCACCUCUGCCUUGGCGACCUCCAGCUGCCACGCCAAGCUGUACGACAUCCCGACACAUGACGCCGCCUGCGCGAUGCCAAUAAAGGGGAAUUACUCGGCAAUCAUGAGUAGCUGCUGUUCAUCAGCCUCCGUGCUGGAAUAUGAUGAUUGCGACUAUUACUGCCUGGCGCAAGGUCAGUCUGUUGGUGAUCUAGCUGAGUGUCUGAUCAAGGCGUCUGAGCCUGGUCAGGUUUGGUGCAAUACCAAUGCCAAUGCCACAGCGACUGCUACUGCCACUGCUACUGCCACUGGUAUUGUCACUCUCAGUGCGACAACUACUGGCGUCGAUUCAACGGCCUCAGCUACCUCGAGCAGUGAUACUGCAAGUUCCACUGCGAAUGCUGCUGCCGCUGGCGUUGCAGUGCCUCGUCCUCUGUCCAAGUCUGCCAUUGGCAUAGUCGGCCUUUUGCUGGUCGGGUCUGCGGCCGGCCUUUUCAUUUAG